CUCCAAUCAGUAAAAAUGAGCGGAAGAGGCAAAGGAGGAAAAGGACUCGGUAAAGGAGGCGCUAAGCGUCACCGUAAAGUCCUCCGUGAUAACAUCCAGGGAAUCACCAAACCCGCCAUCCGCCGUCUGGCUCGCCGCGGUGGAGUGAAGCGUAUCUCCGGUCUGAUCUACGAGGAGACCCGCGGUGUGCUGAAGGUCUUCCUGGAGAAUGUGAUCCGUGAUGCCGUCACCUACACCGAGCACGCCAAGAGGAAGACCGUGACCGCCAUGGAUGUGGUUUAUGCUCUGAAGAGACAGGGCCGCACUCUUCCUACAGUGAUUAACUUUAUGUCAGGACAACAAAUCAUGGCAAGAACCAAGCAGACCGCUCGUAAAUCCACCGGAGGCAAAGCUCCCAGGAAGCAGCUGGCCACCAAGGCUGCCCGUAAGAGCGCCCCGGCCACCGGCGGAGUGAAGAAACCUCACCGUUACAGGCCCGGUACCGUGGCUCUCAGAGAGAUCCGUCGUUACCAGAAAUCCACCGAGCUGCUGAUCCGCAAGCUGCCCUUCCAGCGUCUGGUCAGAGAAAUCGCUCAGGACUUCAAGACCGAUCUGCGCUUCCAGAGCUCCGCCGUCAUGGCUCUGCAGGAGGCCAGCGAGGCUUACCUGGUCGGCCUGUUCGAGGACACCAACCUGUGCGCCAUCCACGCCAAGAGGGUCACCAUCAUGCCCAAAGACAUCCAGCUGGCCCGCCGUAUCCGCGGAGAGAGAGCUUAA